CUUUUAGAUUUGCAAUAGAUUUACAAAAACAAAUUACGAAUUACAAACAACAAACGCUUAGCUUAGCUCACGCGCUGAGUUCUGCUGAAAGCAGCCGAUAUAUCAUAAAAAUUAUUAUAUAUAACGUAACGAUUAAUUAAGAACCACUAACUUCAAAACAUCAGACAGUUUUUGACCGGCCCAGUGGUCUCGCAGUUUAAAAAGAGUAUGUAUGAGUGAUAUAUUGGAAAAGAAGAAAUGUGUGCUCGUAAAAAAUAACAUAUAAUAUAAUUGUUGAAAAAUGAGAUCAGUCUAAAAUAAUUGUUCGAAUUUGCUUACAUUUUCGCGCCAAAACUGGUCUUUCGCUUCAACCAAUGUCUUUUCGAUGAACGAAAUAGGAAGAAAGAUGGACGCCUUAACGUUAGGCUCGCAUAGGUUAGUCCAUCUUGAUUUAAAAGGCGCACCGCCACGUACCUGUUAUUUCGAAAAGCUUUUUCCAUUGUUGCGAACAUGGGGAGCUACUGGUUUACUGGUGGAGUGGGAGGAUACAUUUCCUUACAAUCGAGAACUUUCUCCAAUAGGAAGCAAUGGACCAAGCAGUUUAGCAAGUGGAUACACAGUUCAGGAGGCUAGACAUAUUUUACAGAUAGCGGGUGAUUGUGGCUUAGCUGUCAUCCCAUUGGUACAAACUUUUGGUCACAUGGAGUUUAUCCUGAAACAUGAUGAAUGGAGAUCAUUACGUGAAGUAGAACCAUUUCCAAGUUCUAUUUGUCCAUCAAACCCAAGAACUCUUCCACUAGUGAAGUCCUUAAUACGCCAAAUUGUUAGUUUUCAUCCUGACAUACAAUACCUGCAUAUAGGCUCUGAUGAAGUAUGGCACUUGGGUCUUUGCUCAGUUUGUACUAAACGAGCUGCUGCCAGCAAAUAUGGCAAAUCCUCACUGUAUUUGGAACAUAUUCUGGCAAUAGCUCAAUUCAUUCAGGAAACUUAUCCAUACUUAAAGAUCAUUAUCUGGGAUGACAUGCUGAGAACGAUAGACUCACAGGUUUUGAACGGUAUCUUGAUAGCUUGUUUGUUUCCUUUGAUCAUACAGAUCUCUUCAUACAACCAAUCUUUGUUUUUUGCAGAACAUUACAUUGGUAAAUAUGUGGAACCCAUGAUAUGGCAUUACAAUCCUAGAGAUAAUUUUGCAUUACCUGAUGGGUUAUGGGAUAAAUACAGUGCAGUUUUUCCAAAUAUCUGGGCAGCAACCGCAUUUAAAGGAGCCACCGGCUCUACACAACAUGUACCCAUAAUUCGACAUCAUAUAAGUAAUCAUGAAAAAUGGUUGGAGGAGUUAGGGAUUCAUGUGAGCAAAGUACAUGAAUUCCGAGGUACAGCAUUCACUGGUUGGUCAAGGUAUGAUCAUUAUGCCACAAUGUGUGAACUAUUGCCUACCGCGAUACCGUCGUUGGCUAUGUGUCUGAAAAUUUGGCUCCACGGUUAUUCGGAGCAGACGCAUAUACAAGUUGCCAAGAGCUUGGGAUACAUCGAUCAUCCAUUACAUUUAACGCCUCAGCCUCGUCCAGUUCCGAUACCUAGCAAUCUGUUGUUUCCCGGUUGGCAAGUAGCUGUGGGUAUGGAGUGGUUUCUUAACUUCAGAGCGAAGUUUCACAAUAUUGUUACCAGUGACCAAAUUAUGACGUGGAUGAAUCCAUGGCAAGUUGCAAACAAUUACACAAAUCCCAUGCAAUUAGAAAAUCUAAUACCUGCUUUUACAGAAUUGUUAUUGGAAUUAUCUUCUCUGGAAGGUUAUCUACGAGUUCAAAUGGAAGCAAUCUUUUUUUCGUCAAUGAUCGAAGAGUGGAUAGGCACCAAUAUUCAACCAAUAAAAGUAAAGUUAAUAGAAUUGAAACAAACGACGGAAAAUCAAUUAAAAGUGAAUAAUCGUGUAUAAAUGCUUCUUGUGCUUAGAAAUUCGAUGACGAAAUUUCAAACAUAUAAUUCUACAUGAUUUGUGAAGCAAUAUAAUCGCAAAAUUUUUCACAAAAAGGAGCUAAGUAAGGUAAUUACAGACGUAAUUACUAAUAAUUGGAUAAUCGAAUAUUUCUUGGAUGUAGAGAGAAAUUAUUUUUGUAUAUAGUAAUAUUGCAUAUAUUAAGUAUAAUAAAUAGUGUAAUACUUUGACGUUGACCUAUUUUUAAAUAAGCAUCACGGAAAAAAGAAAAAAACUAUAUUUCCUGAAGGAAGUUAUUAUUUUAAUAUAUUAGUAUUAAAACACAUAUACAUAUGAAAAGUAACAAACUUUUGUCGAUAUAUGCGAUGUUCUGUGAUAUUUGGCUAUGAAAGGGUAAUUAUGGUUAACUUACAAACCAUACAUUCAAUAUAUCAUAAGAAGCAAUCAAUAAUUUUAUCUUUAAUUUUUUUUAUUUCAAGAGUAUAGUAGAGAAUCUAAAUAUAAAUUUUUAAUAAAUAAAUCUCUUUUUGUCUUUAGUGUAGAUUCUAGUUCUAAUAUAGAUUAGUUAUGCAGAUUGUGUGUCUAAUAAUUAGGCUUAGUCGGAGAAAUAAGAAAAAAGUACAUAUUAUAAAAGCUAUAUUUAUUUAUAUGACUUUACUUUUAUCAUUUGCAAUAUUUACGCGCAGACUGUAAAUAAAUGUCUGUUAUUUAUAUCCACUUGCUAGAAAACAAUAGUAAAAUCCAUGAGUCAUUGUGCAUAAAUAUACCUUUCAUAUCUCUUUUAUAGCAGAUUAUAAAAAAACAAAGUUUCUAUGUUAGUUUCAGUAUGAAAAAGAUAUACUCUCUAUAUUUUGUAUAUAAAUGUUUCUCUUUUUAUUUUUAAUGAAAUAAUAAACAAAUGUUAGGUAUAAUAACAAUUAAGUAUAAAUAGUAAUUUGUCUCUGUAAAUGUACAUACAUGUAUUAGGGCUCGGAUGACAGAUUCGAACGAAUUAUAUAAUUUACGCUCGAAUUAUUUAAAACUAGUUCAAUCCGAACUUUUAGGACAGCUCAAACUAUUCGAUGAAUUCAUAAUAUAACAAAAAAUGAACAAAAUUAUUAGUUGCAGAACGCAAUUUCGUUGUGCAACAGUUUGAUGUUUUUCUAAUGGAAAUUUUGUAUUCAAGCGUUUAGCGGAAAAUAACAAAAGUCAUGACCAAAUGCGUUCUAUUAAACGCAGUUAUUCUGCAACAACUUGCAAGAUUUUUUAACUAUUGGAAGUUCUUAUCACAGUAUUGAGCAGAAUAUUAUAAAACACAGUUGCACAGCAGUUGCGUUCUGCUGAAUAUUGUUAACUGUUUCUUUUUCCUUGUCUUUACGCAUGCCUCAUUUAUUCGCGUCAAAUUCCAAAGUCCGUAUCCAAAGUCCGUAUAAAAACAUCUGUAAACGUCUUAAACAUCUUCAAAUUCGAAAGAUCUGAACAAUUAAAACGCGUCUGAGAUUCGAGCGACAUUCAAUAAGUUCGAACGUCUAAAAGUUCUGAGCACUUAGUGUAAUUGUUUAGUACAUAAUGUAAAAGACUUAAAAUUACAGCACCUGUAGUAGAAUAAAUAAAACUAAUAAGAAAAAGAAGAAAAAUUCAGAUUGUGUACGUACACUAACAUAUGCACCAUGUACAAAGAAAUCCUUUUUUAAAAAUAAUCAAGACAAGCUCUUGUAUGUACACGUGUCUGCAAAAUAUAUAUUCCAAACUUUCUUUCUUGCUCGUUAGUGCAAGCUUAAUGAGUUUGUCCAAGGACAAACUCAUUAAUUCAAUGUGUCAAUAACUUUCAAAUAUACAGUAUGUAUAUUAGCGCGCAACAUGUUUUGCAAGAAAAAACAAAAGAUAUAUCGCUUGUACACAAGGUCGAGAUUUCAUGUAUAUACAUACAUGCACAAGACAUAAUAAUUUAUGUUUGAUUCUUAAUAUGUUUUUCCACACAAAUAUAAUUACAAAAUAAUAUGGUAACGGCAACUUUGCGUGUAAGACAUUAAUUUAUGUACAUAUAUUAGCAUUAUUUUUACCGAUACGAAUUGAAUCGCUCCCGGAGUGUUUAAAUAACAUCAAUUUGGCAAAUUGACUAAUUUAUAUUGCUUGAUUUAUUAAAUUAACGUCACUAAUCGCAUCAAUUAUCGCUUAAGCAAAUACAUAUAUGCGUGUGUGUAUACGAACACGUAUUAUCCAAUUAUGUAUGAAUGAUACAAAAUCCUUUUCCUCUUGCGAAACACAUUGCACGCAACAUGCACCGAUUGUUCCAAUCAAAUUAAACCAAUCGAAAACAUUGUACUGACGCUAUGUACCGGCGAAAUUUACGUUAGUAUUAAUAAAAACCUAAAACCUUCGCGUUACUCUGUAUUAUAUAUUUUUAAUAUUGGCAGUGAAUUUUUUAGAACACAGCCCAGAUGUGCAUAACAAUUUGGACAUUUAACAAACGUGGGCAUCUCAAAUCUCAACACACAAAUUGUUCUGACAUCGAGAGAUUGUAUGUCAGAAUUAGUCACGUGACUAGAAAAGAGAUCUGUCUGCACAUGUCUGCAUAUUGUGCGCAGAUCAGUGCAAGCGUGUGGUGAUGUGGUGGGGAAGGUGGAAGCUCGUUAGCUCGUCGUCAGUCGUGAGACAAACUGUCUCGCGAUUCGGGAGUAGUGUUGAUGCUGACGGUGUUUCGCGAGGCCGACUGUUUCAGGCGUGUUCUGGUUGCUUGUUCAGGGUGACCAAACACGGCUAAACGGGUCCGGUUCCUCAGUGUUGUGACAAGAGACAGAUAGAUGGUUCGCCUACUUGCUUUUCUAUGUUGAACGUCAAUCGUUACAAGUCAAUCAGUAUACGAUGGAGAAUGCAGUUCGUCCGGCAGCUGUUACGCCGUCGUUCUCAGCUCAAAAAAAUUCCCAUUGUGGGGUACUUAAUGUUGAAUAUUGAAUAAUUCUCUUCUUGUCAGCUCAAAUUUUUCAUUGCCGACAAGACGUCAUGGAUAAUUCUUGCCUUCAUCAAUUCAUUACGACGCCCAUCAAAAAUUUCAUGGAACUGCAAUGGAUCAAAGAAGUUUAAGAGAGAAUAAAGUCGUGCAUGCUUUGCACCAGCACAGCUUGUAGAAGGGUGAGAGAUCAAAUUCUUGAAGUAAAAUAACUGUGGCUCAUUCUGCUAAUGCGGACAGAAACAAAUAUCCUGAACAGUCAGGAUUGCAACAGGUUUCUUCUUCAAAACGGUUGAAUAAACAGG